AUGUCCGACUCCGGGUACGAUUCGCGCGCGGACGGCAGCGGGGCGUCCAGCUCGUGCAACAACUCGCUGAACCCGCGGACGCCGCCGAACUGCGCCCGCUGCCGCAACCAUGGCCUUAAGAUCGGGCUGAAGGGGCACAAGCGCUACUGCAAGUACCGCACCUGCCACUGCGAGAAGUGCUGCCUGACGGCCGAGCGGCAGCGCGUGAUGGCGCUGCAGACGGCGCUCCGGCGCGCCCAGACCCAGGACGAGCAGCGUUCCCUGAACGAGGGCGAGGUACCAGCGGAGCCGGUAGCUAGCAUACAGAUACCAAAGCUGUCAGAACUGAAAGAGCUGAAGCAUAAUAUGAUUCAUAAUUCUCAGCCCAAAUCGUUCGACUGCGACUCCUCCACCGGCUCGAUGGCGUCUACACCGGGGACAUCCAACAUGGCGCUGACGCUGCACCGACGGUCACCGGGAGUACCGCUUCAUCCGCACGAGUCGCAGCACAUGGGAGUUGCUGUAUUUGCUACCGUUGGGCCAGUCGACGAGUUCGCCAUCGUCAAUGCGCAGUGA